AUGACUGGAGUCGUGAAGCCACCGGAUGGAGGCUGGGGCUGGAUGGUGGUGCUAGGUACGGCCGUGAUCAUGGCCUUCGUCUGGGGUCAGCAGAAGGCGUUCGGCAUCUACAUCAUAGACAUCAGCGAUGCACUGCAGGUGGAUACAGCGCCCACGGCUCUCAUUCAGGGACUGAACCUAGCCUUUCUCUUCGGGAUGGGUCCGCCAGGCAGUGUCAUGUGUAGGAGGGUUGGGCACAGGGCUGUGGCCAUGACAGGAGCUGUACUGGCCGCGUCUGGCCUAAUCCUGAGUUACUUCUCCUCAAAUCUCAUCCUCCUCUACAUCUUGUACGGUGUGGUGAACGGCAUAGGAGGUGGCUUGCUGAUGAUCAGUAUCUUCGCAGUACUGAACGAAUACUUCAAGGAGCGAAUAGCCUUUGCCACGGGGCUGGCCGUCGCCGGCAACGCCGUCGGUACCCUCGUCUUGCCGCUCGUCAUCAAGUCGCUCAAUGACAGCUACGGCUACAAAGGCGCUCUGCUCGUUAAUGGCGGCAUGGCACUCAACAUGAUCCCGUGUGCCGCCCUCUAUCGGCCUCUGCGCAAACCGCAGGGGAGACAGGCGGGCGCGUGCGCGACGAGCGUCAGCACGAGGGAACUGAUGGAGUAUGCGCAGCCUGUCGCCGACGACCUGCCGCCGACGACGGCCGACGGUCGCGUCGACGCAGCCGAGAGCGUCCCGCCGCCGCCGCCGUCGUCCGACCAUCGUUUCUCGUGGUCGAUAUUCGGCAUCGGUCGCUACUGGAUCCAGACGGCCAGCUUAGUCUGCCUGCAGGUGCUAGUCGUCAACUCGAGCAUCUACCUGCCGCGCGUCAGCAUCGAAGUCGGCGGCGACGACGUCAACGAGGCGAUAGCACUGUCGCUCGGCGCCAUCACGUCGACGAUCGCCAUGGUCGCCUUCAGCGCCCUUUGGGACACGCGGAUGUUCCGCAGCGCCGUGUCGCGCCAAGUCGCGUACUGCGUCGCGUGCGCGACGCUGGGAGUGGCGACGGCCUGCGUCGGGUUCAUCGGCAACUACGCGAUGCUGAUGUUCUGGGGCGUCGUGACGCUGCCGCUGCUGGAUACGGCCGCAUACUCGCCGACGUUCAUGAUCCUGCGUGACGUCGUCACGCCGGCGCGCUACUCGGACGCGCUGGGUGUGAGCAUGCUGAUGAUGGCGCCCAUCAGCUUCGUGUCUCCAUUCCUCAUCGCAAGCAUCUAUGACGCGACGGGAACUACGGCAAUGACGUUCGUGGCUCUGGGCACGUGUGCACUUGCUGCCGGCCUCGUCGGGUCGCUGCUUCCAAUCCACGGCAUCGUGUGCCAACAGAAGAGCACAGAUGACAGCAACAACAGCGCGACACUAUUACGUCAACUCAACAUCAGACUAGAGGCCGAGAUUCUGCCCAACUAUCCCGCGCGUGAGCUCACGGCCCGUGAUCGUGAUCUAACGCAGAUCUUAUAUUCGGGGCUCCCGCGCGUGAGCUCACGGGAGCAGCCGUGA